UGCCGAAUGAAAUGUGCUGCUUAAGUUCUGACGGCAGCUACAGAUCUCUGGCAAGGCAAGUAUGGCGAGAGGAGGAAGGAGUGCUGAACCGGCUGAGAAGCAUUCAUUGGGAUGCGCAGUACGUGCAAGUGAGCGCUGCACUUAAGGAUAAAAUGCACAACACAGAUCACAUGAAGGUAGCAGCGGGCAGCAAGCAGCCGGAGCUGUUGUGUGAGUUUCAGGGUGAGAGAGCGAUGAUGAUGACCACUGCUGACGCGGAUAUGCCCAUGAACGCUGCUGUGCUGUUCAGACGCCCUUGUGGACAUUCCUCACGAGCUCUCCAGCCGUGCAGGCUUGCCAGCUGAUGCGGUGUCUGAUCUGGCGACGGCGGUCAACCGGCGGUGUGGACUCUGGUACUGCCAGGUCAGAGGCACAAGGAAACGAUGCAAUAUGGCGGACCUGCUAUGUGUUGUGUGUGUGUUUGUGUGCAGUCGUAUGACGCCGUGUGUCACUUCAAGUCCACAGACGGCCACCCCUACAAUGUCACGUUCAGCGCUACCAGGUGGGCUGGUGGACGGGCAAGGAUAACGCGGCGAGGGCCCGCUGCAAUGCAGUGCAGUACAAAGAAGUGUGUGGGCUGGGCUGUGUGCCUGCAGGCUGAAUCUCGGUCUGCUGGAGGUGAUUGUGGAGCGGCGGGGCACCGUCAUUGUCGAUAGGUGUGUGCCCGACCGACCGACAGCAACUGAAUCGCUGCCAAUCAAUUGUAUUGAUUGAUGUUGAAUCAAUCGUGUUUCCUUCCGUUUGUCUGUCCUCCCGGUGCAUUGCAUCUGAUCUGCAUCGCAUCGCAGCACCAAGAAGGGUAGGGUGUGGUGUGGUGUGACCAAGGCACACAACACAGGAAAUUAAGCACACGCAAGCCCCUGCACUCUCUCUGUUGCUGCUCUGCUCCAUCCCAUCACACAGGCAAGCGGUAUCCGGAUGCGCUGGUCCGCACCGUCCCUGUGUGGUGUGCCGUUGUCAACCGGCUGCUCUUCCCACAGCGGUUGACACGAGAGAUGCGCGAGCUGCCGAUCUGGAUACCACCAAUGGGUGCGUGAGGGAAAUGAGGCUGGCAGGGGGGAAGGCCACACGAGCACCGAGAAUGCAUCAGCAUGUGGAUGGUUUUGCAGAGCGUGAGCACAUCUGGAGGCAUCUCGAUGAGUAUGUCAACACACUGCGGACAAGUACGUGAGGAGUCCUGCAUGCCAUGCGCACCACGUCACGUCUCAUGCACUGCACUACCAUACUACCAUGCCAUCGAGUCUUUGCUCGUGUCUGUUGCAGUCGCGCCCGCUGAUGUGCUGACGAAGAUGCGAGAGCGAGUCAGGUGCGGCGAAUUGACAGAGAUGUGCGUCAUCGACCUAACUUGUCCCUACCUACUGUCUUUCUCCCCGUGCCAUGCCAUAGGUGUCCCCUUCAGCCCUACUGGCUGUGUCCAGGGCAGCCGCUGGAAGGCCCGUCGGCCCCCCCAGAUGGCACCACGCCCCAGCCGUAUCCAGUGGUGUGUCUGUGCGCCUCUUCAUCGGCCGCACCAGACGUCGUCCAAAUGCAAUCCGGACACAGGUCAGAUAUCCACACAACAACACAAGAGUCUUAAGAAGACACAUUCACCGAUUCGAUGUGUCCAUGUGCGUUGUGAUGUGUGUGUGGGUGCAGUUGGUGCUACGUGCAAGGGGCGGCCGAUGACGAGGAGUACUGGGGCAGUGGACUCACACCUGACCUUUUCUGGUCGCACGCCGAUGUCCUGCUGGCAUGCUCAACCAACGCCCAGUGCGAAGCCCUCGUCCGCUCCCUCACCCGGCCAUCUGCCACCGACACCCCAUCCGACCCUCUCUCCUUCCCGCCAUUCGACGUCUUUAUCAGCGAUCGGUGCUCUGUCCGUGUCGGCCCCUUCAGUUGGGCGAGGGAGCAGCUGCAGCUGACGACCUCGGCUGACACAGCAUCGACGGACACCGGCGUUAUUCCCGUGGUGAAUGUGAGCGUGAGGAGUCUGCUGGGGACCGACGGCGAGGGGCGGGAGCUGUGGAUGCCCUGUGUGCCGAGUAAGAAGCCCAAGGACCCCAAGCAGUGGAGUUUGGUGCUGGGGAGGUUUCUGGCGAGGUGUGAGGGGUGGCUCAGGCGUUCCGGGCACGUGGUCAUACCGGUAGACACGAGACACAGCAACGCAACGCACCCAUUCACUUCACGGCACCUGGCUAAACUAGAUGUGCUCGCUGUGCCUAUCGAUUCAGAUGACGGCCUGCAGCAGCGACGAGUACAUGAGCGUCGCCUUCCUGACCCUCGCCACCCUCCUGUCAGGAUGGGCCGCACACGGCAGCACCCUACCCGCACCAACACGAGAUCAGCCGUCUCGUCAGGGUGACAGAGAAGGAGGCACUGAUGACGACCAGGCCGAGGAGGCGGGCGCACCACCGCCGCCCGCAGCGUGCCAUGGGGCCUUGCCGCGCAUCACCAAAGUCGACAUACGGCGAGCGCUGGCGCAUCUUGAGGUGGGAAAUAAUGCAGGCGGUGGGAAGGAAGAACCGCGCAUUCAUGUUGUUUGUGCCUGUGUUUGUGUGUUUGUGUGCAGAGCCAUUGGCCGUCCAUCGGGUCGUGGGAUGGCGCUUGUGUGCCUCGGCUGAAUGUACCGCGCUUCCUGCACAAUCAGCUGACGGGAUACUUCAACACUCCCUUCAUGAUCCAUGAGGGCCGCUGGGCUGGGGGUGGGUUUGUGUGAGCUCUGCGGCAUCAAUGGGAUUUGUGUGAGCUCUGCGGCAUCAAAUCAAUAGGUGUGUAAGAGCGCAGCGCGUGUGGGGGUUUGGAUUUUGUACGUAUGAGUCAGUAACUGCUGGGCCGUUCCUUUCGCGUCUGUGCUUUGUUUUGUGGUGUG